AUUUACCUUCUAUGAUGGGCCUCCCUUUGCUACUGGGCUGCCUCACUAUGGACAUAUACUUGCGGGGACUAUUAAAGACAUAGUUACAAGAUAUGCUCAUCAGAGCGGGUUCCACGUGGACAGAAGAUUUGGAUGGGAUUGUCAUGGCUUACCUGUGGAAUAUGAAAUUGAUAAGACACUGGGGAUCAAAGGGCCAGAGGAUGUGGCCAAAAUGGGGAUCGCAGAGUAUAACAAACAGUGCCGAGCAAUUGUCAUGAGAUACUCUGCUGAGUGGAAGUCUACCGUUACCAGACUUGGCCGAUGGAUUGACUUUGACAAUGACUACAAAACGCUGUACCCACAGUUCAUGGAAUCAGUUUGGUGGGUCUUCAAGCAGCUGUAUGACAAAGGCCUUGUGUACAGAGGCGUGAAAGUCAUGCCCUUCUCCACUGCAUGUGGCACUCCACUUUCUAACUUCGAGUCAAACCAGAAUUACAAGGAUGUUCAGGAUCCUUCAGUAUUUGUAACUUUCCCUUUGGAGGAAGAUGAAAACACAUCCUUAGUUGCUUGGACAACCACUCCUUGGACUCUACCCAGUAACCUUGCACUGUGUGUCAAUCCGGAAAUACAGUACGUGAAGAUCAGAG